GCUGAGGGAAAGCCGGGGGAAGUAGGCAAGGGACCUAGGGGACCAAGGAAGGCAGAAAUAAGGAUAGGACAAACCCCCGCAACUCGGAAGAAGUCAUGCCUAAGAAAGUAAGGGUCGCGAACGCAAGGCGCAAACUAGCCGAGAUAGACAAGAGGACCGCGGAAUACAAGGCAAGACUGAUUGAGGAAAUGAUGACUGGGAACGAAGAAGGUCCUCUGCAGGAGGAACCACGGGACGAACGGAAAGCCGGCCAAGGUGGGACUGGACAAGGGGAUAAAGGUAGUGACCGUGGGGGAACGCCGAGCAAGAGAAGGAAAGAGAGAGAGAACUCUCCGGGGAUGGAAGCAGAAAAGGCUAUGACUCCGCCAGCCAUGGAUAGUAGGGCUAGCCGACUGCCGAUCACGUCAGCAGUAGCGCGAGGAUGCGAAGGACUUUGGAGCCUUAGGGAAAGAGUGUUGGGAUGGUUUGAUCCGGAAGGGACUAUGAAAACCAGGGAGGGACAGAAGGUCGGCAAGGAGAGCCCGGAUAGCAGUGUGGCGGGCGAGGCCAGCAGCUCCGAGGACGGCCUUAAGAAGAUAGUGUCGUCCCUCGCGCGAGCACUAAAAAAAAAUCAAGGCUAUCUAGCAGACGCCAAGAAAAAGCUGACUUUCGAUGGAGCGAACAUCACGGAGUUCCUGAUCGACUACGAGAACCUAGCUGCGUUACUAAAGUGGACCGAAGAGGAAAAGAUGGACCACCUAGGACAGCAUGUGUCGUUAAGCCUAGGACGGGACAUAAUGGUCAUUGUAGCCGCAAGUCGGUCUUGGAAGGAGACCCGGGAUGUGAUGAUGAGGAAGCACCUAGCGGCGGAGAAAAUGGCAACGGAGGCCGACCUAGCGGCAGUUCAGAGGAAGAACUUCGCAACGUACAACGAUUUCCUACGGGAAUUUACUCUAGUAGCAUUAACGAUCCCCGGGGUCACGGACCGGAUAAUGAGCAAAUACUUCCUCAGGCAUUUUUCCGAGUUCGACAAAGACAAGAUCCUGUCAUCCUACCAACAGACGAGCAAGUUUGUAAACACGCGGGAUGUUGAUUUUAGCACGGUAACAGAUCUGGUGGAGAAAACGGUAGUAACGGAGACGUUGGCCUUGCUCAAGGAAGGAGAGAUCAUAGAUCUGACCGGUAGGACUGACGACAAGGUAAAGAAAGGGAUUGAAAGUCUACAUGAGCGGGUGCACGGGGUCGACCAUAAGAUUGAAAGGAUGGAAGGCGCGCUAAUGGUUAUGCAAGCGCAAGUAUCCCGGCCUUCCCACCCUCCCCAGGAAGCUGUGGUCCCGCCAGGUGUGGCAAACCGAGGAUACGGACGGAGAGAUCCUGCUAACGAGCAAUGCAAAUACUGCACCGCGAUAGGACAUUAUGUGCGCGCAUGCCUAAAGCUCAACCAUGAUAUUCUGAAAAGAAGGUGUACCAGGUCGUUAAAGGGGGAGAUAUUUAGACCACAAGGGGAACGGGUGAACUGGAACUUGCCAGGAGGGAUGCGGCGAGCCAUUAUCAUGCUCAACGGGCUAGAAAUAACAGUCGUAGAAGCCAAGCCAGUGGGCGAGAUCAUCUGGGAUCAACGCCAGGGGCGCAAUUUUAUUUUGGAAAAUGACGGACAUGAUAGGGUGAAAGCGACUACUCAGCUAGGGACGACUGGGAGAAGGAUUAACCGUGACACCGGGAUGGAAGAGGUUGCUGGAAGUUCGGAACCCCAGGCAGAGCCUGAGGCCGAGGAACCGGAAAAGGUCUAUGGGAAACCUAGGGAAGAGGAACCUACAGACAAAGUUACCGCUGCCAAGAAGAAGUUUAGGUACCAAAUCCGGAUCUUAUCCUUACCUGAGAUCGACGACACCAUUAGCAAGUUACUAGGGACCAUGGUGUCGGUGUCUUUUCAGACUAUGCUGCAGGCUAGCCCCAGGUUGCUCAAAGGGCUUAGACAAAUGUUGACCCGGCGGCGAGUAGAAAUAGGCGACAACCCCGAAUUACCAGAAGGGGAGAGGGAGGAGGAAGUUCCGCGAGAAGUGGCUAACCUGCAGAGGAGUCGCGGGGACUUGGAGGAUCUCGAGAAGGCCUUUGCAGWCAUCCGUUUGAGCUUGCCCGACCGAGAGGGCGGCGAAGUCAUGAGAUCGCCACCCGGGACGAAGCUUAGCUUUCAUGCGCUACCCGUAGGGAAAUUGGAAAUCCAGAUCGAGAGUCAUCACACCGACGCAUUAGUAGACGGGGGAGCGGAAAUCACUCUCAUAAGGAGAGAUUUCGCAACGAUCACGGGAUGUACGGUAAACAAGGAAGUAACAGGGAGCAUCCGGGGAGCUGGCGGGGAAAUCCCGUUCGCUGGGUACGUCACGAAGUGUGCUGUGAAGGCAGGGGUCAGGGAAUCGAUCUGGUCGUUUCAUCGGAUGACCGUAAUGGAGGAAAUGGACCACGACAUAAUCCUCGGGAAACCGUGGUGCGCGAAUGUAGAGAUGAUAGGCAUGCACUUGCACGAUGGCUCGUACAUGGUAGACAUAGAGGACCCUGUGACCGGCCGGGGAGAGCUCUUUCGACUCCUUGGAACGGGAGGAGACCCCCCGAAAGGGAAACUGGCAACAUGGUCGUCGUCGUUCAAGGAUAGCACGCGGAAAGAGGCUUUCGCACGGAUGGAGGAACGGCGGUACUCGCAAUUCAAGAAGGGAGUCCUAGCUAUCCUGCAUUGCCUUAAGACCUUCCAGGCCUACCUAUUUGGGAGACGGUUCAUCUUAAGGAUCGAUCCGACGAAUGUCGCAGGGGCUCUGAAGAAUUACAGGCCUAUAGAUCCGACGGUAGGGAGAUUGGUAGGAUUCAUCUGGCAGUUCGAUUACAAGAUCGAACGGAUUGCUGGAAUCCGCAACAAGGCAGAUGGGCUGAGUCGGGUUUGCAUCACUCCCGAAGGGAUGGAGGAUGCAGAGCCCAUAGACGCCUUCCUCGAAUACGAAGGAGAAACUCUUGCAGUGAACAAUGAAAUGAUGAGCGGAGAAUGCACAUCGGAAGAACUAUUGAUCCAGACUUUGGAGAAGGGGGCACCUGUCGUAGUAGCUGAACUGACAGAAGGACCAGUCACCACUCGAGGACACAAAGAAGAAAAUGACUCAUGGGGAGCGAUAGUAGGACCGAAAGAGGAAACAAUGGCGGUCGAAGAGGGCCGGGAAGCAGUGAUGAGCUUAGUGGAAUCUUGGGAAUGGAAAGAGUUGCAAUGGGUGGUAAAUCAGAUGCAGGAAGGAAAGGAUGGGGACAAGGAAGGAGAGAAGUUUUUCUAUGUCCAAUCAUACGAAGAGCUCUUUCGGGAGAUCGGGUUGUUGUUGGUAGGAAACAAACAACCUACGGAAGUCAGUAUUAAGGCAAGAGAAGAAGCCAAAAGGUAUAUCCUAGAUGCGCGAGACAACUUGAGUGGGUUCGUGGAGGCAGUCGCCCUCAAGAAAAAGACAGGAAGGAGUGUGGCGGACUGGAUAAAAGACUUCUACUUAAGGCACCCAUUCGUCAGGAGGUUUAUAGCAGACAAUGGGACGGGAUUUGUGAACCAAGAAGUAUUGGGGAUGCUUAAGAGACUCUGCGUACCGAUCAAAUUCAUCGCGCCGUAUCACCUUGAGGCCAAUGCACCGGUGGAAAGGGGGUACCGAACCUUGAAGAACACGAUUGCAAAGCUCGCAGCAGACCAUUUGGGGAGCUGGCCUAGGUAUCUUAAGCAGGCUGUCUUUGCAGAGAAUAUGACUCCUAAAAGGACAACAAGAUGUAUCCAAACAGAGCUUUGGUACGGAAGAGAGAUCGACUUUCCUGUGGAAGCCUUGGUACCUACCUGGAAUAGGUUAGAUGAUGAUCCGCAAAUGACCACUGAAGAGUUAAUCGAGGCAAGAUGUCAACAGAUCCUUAAGAAUGAGGGGGUCAUGGAAGACAUUGUCAGCCAGGUGCUGGACAGCAGAAUGAGGGACAAAGCAAGAUGGGACCAGGUUAAGAAUGUCAGAAAGAAGCCACUUCAGGUGGACGAGAUGGUACUGCUAAGGAACUCGGCACUAGAAAGUACUUGGUCGGGACAGUUAGGAAGGAGGUUCAAAGGCCCCUACCGGGUCGCCAAGCGGGUGGAACUGAACACCUUCGAACUGGAAGAUUUGGAUGGAACUGGAUUGAAAGGGCUCUUCCCGGGGCAACGACUGGUCAGGUUUCUAAGUCGGGACCCAGUGGAACAAUGGCUUCAGGAGGCCGAAGAUAAGGAAACAGAAGAGCCACAAGCUAAAGACUAACCACAACCUUGCCCACACUAUGGUUUGUCUCUGCCCAUUUUCGUGGGACUGUCAUUUUUUUUUUGGGAUUGGUGCUUUGGCUUGGACUAACUGAGGUUGAAAGGUAGCAUGACUUAGGGGUUGCAAUAUCUGGCUUGUGUGACAACGGGAAGGGAUGUUUGGGGCAUUGUACCAUAGUUUUUGACAGGAAAAAUAUGGGGUCAUCAUGAACGACGCAUUCGCAUGUAUAAAAAGGGCGUGAUGCGAGGGAUACUGGGUGCAUUUUGGGAAUGUCUACCGGCCUAAGGGGGGGGGAGGCGUAAGUGUAUGAGGGACAUUGCGAGUGUUGUUUUGUUAUAUAGGGCUUAGGAGUAAAACGAGAAAAGAUAAAAAUGAAAUUCGGCAACGAGA